AAAGUGAAUGUAUUAUUGGUUCACUUCACAGGUAAAGUAUUGGUCCACUCUCCAGCUUUCUCAUUCAUGCUUGUAGUUACUCCAGACGAACUGAACAAGGAGACUUCGUCAAGAUGCAAGACAACCAAAGCAGCGGACAGUACGACGUGAAUGAUGCGACGCUGAGAUUUGUCAGACGGAAAGAUGACAUAACUUUAGAUGAUGACCCCGACAUUCUGAGAGCAGAGAUGUCUUGUGGCCAUGCAGUGUCCCCUCAAUCGCUGACCGCCUGGUGUCGCAGUCUGCUGGACCAGGGUCAGUAUAAAUUCUACUGUCCAGCUAUCACACAUGGGACAGAGAAAUGCAGCGCAGAGUGGCCGUACCUGGAGGUGAGGAAGCUGGCAGUGCUUAGUGAUUCAGAGCAGGCUCAUUUCGAGGAGAAUAUGGCUCUUCUGGCAGCAACUGAGUACUGCGAGUUUAAAUCAUGUCCAAGCUGUGAGUCCUACGUGGAGCGAGAAGACCUGAGCAACCUGUGUGUGAAAUGCACCAUCUGCACCGCUGUGAAACAGAAGCGCUUCCAGUUCUGCUGGCAGUGUCUGAGGGAAUGGAAAGGACCAGCGGCUCACUCUCUACGCUGCAGUAAUGAAGACUGUGUCCACCCAGAUGUUGACAAGCUAGCAAAAUGUACAAAUAUGAGGCUGUCUUAUGUGAACAAUGUGGAGUGUCCUGCCAUCCGAGCCUGCCCCACCUGCGGACUGCUUUUAGAACACAACGGCUUCGCUUGUAAAAACCUUUUGUGUAAGCGCUGCAAGGUGGAGUUUUGCUUCCUCUGCCUACAGCUGAAGCGUGUUUGCAAUCCGAUCAGUGGACCUUAUACUGUCUGCUCAGUGGCACCACGGCAGACUGAAAUACCAGUUUGGAAGAGAUAAUGUUAGAGACGGGACUCAACUCGCAAUGCGAUACGAUUCACGAUAUGAUUUUCUCAUGUGAUUUUUUUAACAAAAUGAGAUUUAAGACAAAUUAUAAAUGAAAACAUCCUUUUAUUAUUUCUCAGACAAAAAAAAAAAAUCUCUCUGAAAUCUCAAACUAAGGCUUUGUCUGUUAAAAUUAGAGGCAACCAUUGCAUCUUAAUCACAAUGCAUACCUAAAUUAGAUCGUAUUUUUUCAAAAUUUGAAGCAAAAACAGAAUACGCUUUGUGAAACUAUGCUGAGAAGCUGCUCACUGCAGAGUUAUUAGUUUUAAGGAUUCAUGUCUUACUGCAGACGUGAACUGUAAUGUUUAUGGUCUUUUCGGGCAGGAUAUCAAUCACAAAGCUCGAUGUAGACUAUACCACACUGCCGACAGUAACUGAAUACAAAAUAUAUUUCUGUACAGCAUGUGAUAAUUAUGCAGUUAAAUAUUACAUAUGAACUGGGAUUAUUAAAAGAAACUGAACCGCUUGACAGCUGCUUGACGGUGUAAAUGCUCGGAAAUAUUUCACGUCUUUAAUUCCAUUCAUUAUUUGUAGCAUGCAUGCCAUCCAAUAAUCCCAAUAAGUUUUGUGCUUUGUUACUUUUAAUCAGAAAUAAAUCAGCUUUCAAAUUCUGUCAAUUUAUCACAAAAUACAAAUUAUAAACGUGUUUUUUCAGCCACAGAAAGACGCCAGUAAAGUAAAUAAGCCGCAUUUACCUCAGGAAAGACAUGCAUUGUACAUAAACUUGAAAAAUAACUCUAGACAGAAGCAUUAUAUUGGGCUACAUUUAUUAUAUUUGACUUAACCUUGAUGAAAUCUGUCAUGGGAAUGUGCAGGGAGACUUGAUAGGAAAUCAUUCUUCACUUGUUAUGAUGUCUUGAGCAAUUCAGUUCUAUAGGCCUAGUAGUUGUAGCCAUUGCAGCGUGAAUGUGGUCUCAGCUGUAUCUAUAACUGUGGCAGAAUGUGUCUUGUCUAGGAGCUGGAAGUCUUUUGACUCUGCAGUGAGUACCACUUGACAGCAGGUGGCGCUUACGGAACAGCUGAUACAGCGUUUCCAUGGUUACCACUGUAAACACAGCAGCUGCUCUAAUAAACACAACUUUUUCUCAUUUUAAA